UCAGAGCUAUCGAAAGAUCCAUUCAGAGUGGGAAUUUGAGACAUACGGUAAAAAUGCAUGAAUCAUAAUGACAUGGAUGUACAUUGAAACGAAUCUGCAAACCAGUCUAUGCUUCACAACUGUAUCCAUUCCAUUUAUUAAGAAGAAACAAAGUCAAUUCGACUACAGAAUUGUGAUGCAUAUGAACAUUUGGUUGGUGAAUGUGCUCAAUUUGCGGUGGUCAAAGAGCGUGGCUUGGUUGUUCAAUUUAUGAGGCGUACUUAUAUACUAUGAAUAUUCGUCCCAAAAACUCAAAUAUGGGUUCAGAGUUGCAGACACUUGAAUUGCUCACAUUGUAUUUAGGUAGCAGAUGGAUAAUGAAAAUAAGUUGUGCGUCAUUUAUCUUACCAUAAUUUAUUUAUUUGUAUUUAUUUUUCCAAUCCAAAACGAUCUUUGAUAUACAACUUUGUUAUCAAAGUUGGACACCUUGAUUGGAAAACUUUUUAAUUAUUUCUUGUCCCAAACUUUCCGUUUAAUUUCUGUUGACGUAUGUUUUCAAAAAUACGAUAUAGUACAUGAUAUUUACGCAUGGAGAUUUUUUUACAAUGCACAUGUAUGUACGUGCAUACCUCCUCGCGUCACUAUUAAUUAGUGCUAAAUCAUGAUUAAAUCACAGGUGUGCCAUUCCAGCAGGUGCGAGAAAAAGAAAACCGUCAAUUCUACUGAAAUAUGGCUUUGUUCAUCAAAAUUUUAUUAAGUAGGUCAGACUAACAUGAGGGUCAAACUAUGAAUUAUAUUGCGACAAAUACGAAUUGCAAAUUUACAUUUUGACCCCAGUCUGCGUAACAUAUGCGUAUUCAGAUUAUUUAAGUUUGCAUGCAAUUUUUCUAGGCAGGGUUACGGAAGCUACAUUUCGGUAAUUUGCAUGAUUUUUAAAAUUCUGAUGAUUUCAAUGUCUUUGUAUUCUUAUUCUAGCCUUAUUAUUAUGUAAAUAUAGCUUUUGUGUGCUAAGUAAAUAGUAAGCACUAUGAAAUGAGAAUUUUAAUGGUCAAUGAAAGGCGGGUGAUUAAAUGAAAUUAAAUGAAACAACCGAUUGCGACUAGGGUUAAACUUUUUUGUCUCAGUAAUCAAACUAAUUUUUUACUGUUUCACCCUUGUCCACAAGUUUUGCUUAUUUCAUAUCAAAAUUUUGAUGGGUGCCUUGGGGGUUCAGAAUUUCGUUGAGAAUGGGGCUGAUAGCAACUGUAAAUAUUGUAAUGCUGAGAUGGCUCCUGAAGAAGCCAACCUACUCCUGCCAUUGCCAGCAGAAACAGAGACAUUAUUCUGGAAUACUUCAUACGAAAAGUCCAGCUUGUCGUCCUCUUGGGAAACGUCCAGUGUGUGUGACAGUGAUUCAAAUCAGUCUGAUUGGGCUAGUGUUGACCUUACGCCCACGCUGUGCUCACUGGACCCUCAAAUUCAACAUUUUAAUAGAAGAGUUAAAGUAGCUCCUAAAAAGAGGGAAGACCUUUACAAAAAUGUGUGCACAUCCGUCACGGACACAACGGUCAAUGAAGAAGGCGUUAUUCUGAAACGUUUUCGGAAUAAGAUCUUCACUUUUGAAAAACUCACUUGUUCAAAUGAUGGUUUGCUGGAAUUGGUUAUCGAGAUUUGCUAUUUAAUUUGCCAUAAUAAACACAGGGACAUUAAAUUUAAAAUGUCUGCCUUAACUGCACUGUACCAAAGUGUUGAUGAGUAUUUAAAGGCAUGGCUAGAAGAAAUUGGCCAACAACAAUAUUAAACCGUUAAAUAGUUCAGUAUUGGAAAUUCCAAUUUGGAACUAGCUCUAAUUUGAUUUUAGCUUUAAAUCUCUAAACUGAUCGUAUUGUUUAGCAUAAAGUCGUGUGUGCAACGUAUAGAAGCCAGAAGGUAGUUUUGAUUAAGGAUUUAGACCUCUAAAAUGCAUUAAAAAAGGUCUAUAGUAUUACUACGUAGUCAAAUUAUGCAAAAGUAUUUUUUUAUGGUUUACCCUACUUUAUUUGUUUUAAUUUGUUUUUAUCGAUUAGAAUGUAGAACGGUUACAUGACCGAGUUGUAUUGUAGAAAACAAUCAAUUUUGAACAUUAUAUAAUACAGUUUUUGUUGGAUACCAUGUCUAGAAGAAAUAUUGUACAUAUAUGAAUUAUCUAGAUAGUUUGAUAAUGUUAUAUCUUUUACUUCUUAUGAAUGUAUAGCCAAAUUAAAAAUAUCGUUCCACAAUUGUAGAUACAUAUAUUUGCAAAGGGUAAUGGCCAUUUAUGUAUGCAAUAAAGACACAAAAAAUUGUAGAUGCAUGAA